AUGCCGUUGCAAGAUGCAAACAAGCCUUCUCGCAAGCAGAUUCUCGCUGCUGAGCGAGAAGCUCACGGUGCAUAUGACCCUGAUCGUCUAGCAAAUUUGUUACCUCGCAUCUUGCGAAUUGAAAAACCUUCUUCAAAGCACGCUUCGCAGAACUAUGCGUUCCGCUUCACAUCUCGUUCGCAUCUGCGCAGGCGAGACAACGUUCUGACCGGCAGAGAGAAUGUGCGAGACGGCGAAGCAAACGCAGCCUCGACAGCUACCACGUCUGAAACGCGUGUGAACGGGAUGCCGCUCGCUCCGACAUGGGCCGACUCUGGGUCGCCCCGCUCGCCACCAUCCCCCACUGACGAUGAUCCGGUCCCCGCAACGGUUCCACAGAUCAACUACGGCGAUGCAAGACCGAGCCGGCAGCCGCCCUCAUCACCGCUUGACGCCACGAUGCCUAACGACACCUCUACGAUGCAGCCGAAUCGCACUCUGACAGCAGCAGACACCUCAUCCGGUAGCAACGGCGAAUCAACCGAGGACGGGGUUUCGCAUAGCACCACCGGUUUGCUCGCCGGAGGCAUGGUGGCGGCGGUCUUGUUUCUGGUUGCACUUGGCAUAUGGAUCAGCUGGUAUCGACAUCGCUCGGAUCGUUCUGCGUGGAAGAAGCGAACCAAGUCGCACAGGUUGGGCUCGAUCGAUGGGCUGAGGGGCGUAUCGACCGACGCCCAAAGCGCCACUACAGCCGAAACGCUUGAAAACAAGGCAGGCUCGAGUGACUUUCUUGUCAAGCAUUCGGUGCCACCAGGUAAAGCGGGACCGUUCGAUAGAGCUGUGGCCAACAUUCUUUCGCACACAUCUCGGGCGCAAUCGCAACCAUUGCGUGUCGACAGUAUCCCUGGUGGAGGUGAUUCAUCGACAGCUAGCUAUCUCGAUGUUCCAGGAGCGUCAUUGUCGCACUCGCGAUCGCUCGAUUCGAUCGAGGAAGUAGCCGAACCUGCUACGGGCGUCUCUUCGCAUUUUGACAUGGCCAAACGAGACAGCGCGCUGUCGUUCGUUGAAAUGACGCCUCUACGAACGACGUGGACGGAUCGAUUACAUCGUCCUACUACCUCGCCUGGUGAUUCUACACGCGCAUUUGGUAGCUCUCCUACUUCGGUCUCGUUCAGUACGCCGGAUAGCAGGUUGAACAAGAAAAGCUCGCCUCGACGCCCACAAAGCGCCAAAAACGGCGGUGAGAUUGAAAUGACGCGACAAGGAUCGAAUUUGGUGAUUCGUCAAAGACCUAGUACAGGUACGUUGCGCCGGCCUUUAUCGAGCGCCGGUAGCAGUUUCAGAAGUGCUCUGAGGAAGACUCGCGGCGGAGAGGAAGACGACGGUGCGAUCUGCAUCGAGACGGAUGGUAUUGUAGAUCGUGAUGAUGCCAACAAGGGAUUAUACGAGCUGACGAUUGCCAACAGCGUCCAUAACACCAAGCUGGGAUCGCACUUCAGCAGUAGCACUCUGCAAACCGCUCAAAUGCGUACAUCGUACGCUACCAUGGCUGACUCUCCGUCGGGAAGUUUCAGCUUUGAGAUCAAAGACGCGGUCCGACUGGGUGCGCCGUUGACGCUUGAACCUCGUCCGACGGGUCCGUGUAGCGCGGAUCCAAAGGCAGCUGUCAGAGUGGCAGAGGUGAAAGAGGAGCGACAGCCGCCGGCGACGAUGUCAAGCAAGGACACUUUUGUCAACGAUCUGGAUUGGAAUCUUCAAGAUUGCUGUUGGACCACCGAUUCCAACAUAAUUUCGGUGCGCUCAGCAAUCACGAAUGCCAGUGCCAGAGACCAAGCACAACCAGUAAAUCACGAAUCGUGA